AUGUUCCAGGGGGAAGCUGGACCCCGAGGCCCCCCUGGACAGCCCGGUGCACCUGGGCCACACGGAGGACAGGGCAUCCCAGGAGACGCCGGAGAGCCAGGCCCAAUGGGUGAACCAGGACACAGAGGACCAGAUGGACCACCAGGAAGACCAGGUCCUGAUGGAGAAUCUGGAGCCGCGGGUGCGACCGGAGAGCCAGGAUCCCCGGGCUCUGUGGGGGCGAGAGGGUUCCCAGGUCUGCCCGGACUUCCUGGUCUCAAAGGACACAAGGGCCAUGCGGGUUUGCUCGGACCGAAGGGCGAGACCGGAGCUGUCGGACUCAAGGGCACGUCUGGGACCCCCGGUCAGAUGGGCCCCCAGGGGCCUCAGGGCCCAGCGGGAAUGCAGGGCGAGAGAGGCCGAGCUGGACCCACAGGACCAGUGGGCAAACGAGGCACUUCUGGUGACGUUGGCAAACCUGGUCCUCUGGGUCCCAUUGGAAUUCCUGGAAUCCCUGGAUUUCCUGGAAAUCCUGGAAUGAAGGGCGAGGCUGGACCCACUGGAGUGAGAGGCACAGGAGGACCACAGGGACCACGUGGAGACGCUGGCAAAGCUGGACCCCCAGGGCCAUCAGGAAAACAGGGAGCGGAGGGCCCCGAUGGAGCCGCCGGGUCUCGAGGACAAGCUGGAGCUGCAGGACUGGAGGGUCCUCCUGGUCUGCUGGGGCCCCCUGGUACCCCCGGCCCCCAGGGGACCACUGGACUGGAUGGACAGAAAGGACAACUGGGAGAUGCUGGAGUUCUGGGGCUGAAGGGAGAGCCUGGUCUUAAAGGUGAACAUGGAGACCAUGGAACACCGGGUGCACUGGGGCCCAUGGGAGAUGAGGGCAAGAGGGGCCCCAGAGGAGACGCCGGGGCCAUCGGCAACCCAGGACCUCCAGGAGAAACGGGGACCCCUGGAAACCGAGGCUUCCCCGGUGCUGACGGUCUUCCCGGGCCCAAGGGAGCGCAGGGCGAGCGAGGCCUGCCUGGAUCUCUCGGGGCUAAAGGACUUGAAGGAGACCCGGGACGCAACGGAGAGCCAGGUCUAACAGGAGCUCGGGGUCUGUCAGGACUGAUCGGUGCCCAGGGAUCAGAGGGAAAGCAAGGUCCAGUGGGUUCAGUGGGAGACGAUGGGAAACAAGGCCCAGCGGGAUCCACAGGUACGAGAGGAGGCACCGGUCCAAUGGGUCUGCCCGGACCAAAGGGACUCGCGGGCGACGCUGGUAAAGCUGGAGAGGCUGGAAGUGCUGGACCCCCGGGAACAAGGGGCGUGAACGGUAAAGACGGAGAGACCGGAGCAGCAGGUCCCACUGGUCCCGCGGGCUCCGCAGGAAAGAGAGGAGAGCAAGGACCACAAGGACUCAACGGCUUUCAGGGUUUGCCAGGUCCCGCAGGCCCCCCGGGAGAGUCAGGGAAGCCUGGUUCUGAGGGAUUGGCUGGUGAGGCCGGGGCUGUGGGCGCCAACGGCCCCCGGGGAGAGCGAGGCCCUCCUGGAGAGAGAGGUGAGGUUGGACCAAACGGAUUGCCAGGACCUAAGGGAGGCCCCGGAGCUCCUGGACAUGAUGGACCUAAGGGCGCUGCUGGAGCCAAAGGAGGCGUGGGAGAGCUGGGACCGCAGGGGCUGAUGGGAAUGCCCGGAGAGAGGGGCAUCCCAGGACCGGCCGGGCCAAAGGGGGAAGCCGGAAGUCUUGGAGACGCAGGACUCGAAGGCAAAGCUGGAGCUGAUGGACCACGGGGACUGGCUGGUUCUGUGGGACCCGCUGGAUCUAGUGGACCUAACGGAGAGAAGGGAGAGAGUGGACCUCCAGGACCCACCGGCCGGCGAGGAUCCAGAGGAAUCGCGGGGUCCACUGGAGAGCCCGGUCCUACUGGUCCUGCUGGAUUCCCUGGACCUCAGGGGACGGAGGGGCAGCCGGGAGUGAAAGGAGAGACUGGAGAGGCCGGUCUGAAAGGAGAGGUGGGAUCUCCGGGACCCCAGGGGACCGCCGGUAAACCAGGUGAACAGGGCCCAGGGGGAGUGACCGGACUGAAGGGGGCCAGAGGGACCCAGGGCCAGACCGGAGCUCCGGGAUUCCCUGGACUGCCCGGAGGUGUGGGCCCCGCAGGAGCUCUGGGUGCUGCUGGAGCCGAUGGGCCCCUGGGGGCCCCUGGUAAAAAAGGCCCUCCUGGAGUCCACGGAGAUAAUGGAGGCGUAGGACGUCAAGGAGAGCCUGGUGCCCCAGGACCUGCUGGUGCUCCAGGAGAGAAGGGCGAGUCUGGAGAGGACGGGCCUGCAGGCCCUGACGGACCCCCGGGACCCGCUGGGACUGCAGGUCAGAGAGGCACAGUGGGUGUUCCAGGAGUCAGAGGAGAGCGAGGCAUGAUGGGACUGUCGGGCCCUGCUGGAGCCCCGGGAAAACCUGGAAGUUCUGGAACACCAGGCUCCAAAGGCCCCGCUGGAGGAGUGGGUCUACCAGGAGCCACAGGACCUCGAGGAGAGGCUGGUCCAGAGGGCGUGGCUGGAGCAGAGGGGUCCCCCGGGAAAGAUGGCCUUGUGGGGGCCAGGGGAGAUAGGGGUAACCCAGGUCCAGAGGGUCUGCCAGGGCCUGGGGGGUCUGCAGGGACUGAGGGGCCGGUGGGACUGACCGGGGGACCAGGAGACAUGGGCCCCAAUGGCGACAGAGGACCCCCUGGAGUUCCUGGACCCAACGGGAUUCGGGGCAAAGUGGGACCUCAAGGACCUCAGGGAGAGAAGGGCACAGCAGGAGACGCCGGAGAAAGGGGUCAGAAGGGUCACCGAGGCUUCACUGGACUCCACGGUCUGCCCGGGACCACGGGUCAAUCUGGAGACGACGGGGCCAGAGGCAUCGUUGGACCUGCUGGUUCCAGGGGCCCCCCAGGAGUCACCGGCCCCCCAGGGAAAGAGGGGAAGCCAGGACAGCCGGGGCCCAUGGGGGCUCCUGGAAGCAGAGGAUCUCCCGGAGAUCUUGGAAUCCAGGGUCCUCCAGGUGAGCCCGGACCCCCCGGUCUGCCCGGCCCCCCCGGUCCCCCCACCUCAGCUGUGGAUGACCUGUAUGCGUCACUUCUGGACUACGAGGCUGAGGCCAUGGCUGCAGCGGAGUAUGUGGAGGGUCCGGUGGAGGGUCCGGUGGAGGCUGCCCUCCCUGAGAUCAACAAAGACGAGGCUCUGCCCAACCACAGGAGCCCGCCCAGGGGGGUCCACGCCUCCCUGAAGACCCUGAGCGGACACAUCCAGGACCUGCGCAGUCCGGACGGGACCAGGACCCACCCGGCCAAGACCUGCCAGGACAUCAGGCAGUGCUACCCGGGCAGGCCCAGCGGAGAGUACUGGAUCGACCCAAACCAGGGCAGUGCCAAGGACGCCAUCAGAGUGUUCUGUAACAUGGAGACCGGAGAGACCUGCCUGUCCCCGCAGACCCCCAGCAUCCCCCGCAAAGUCUGGUGGACCAAGUCUGUGCCCACGGCCAACAAACCUGUGUGGUUUGGAGCUCACAUCAACAACGGAGACAAGUUGAGCUACGGGAGCCCGGAGGAGCCGCUGAACGUGGCGGCGGUGCAGCUGCGCCUCCUGCAGCUGCUCUCCAAAGAGGCGCAUCAGAACAUGACCUACCACUGCAGGAACAGCGUCGCCUACAGAGACGCCAAGACCUCCAGCCUCAAGAGGGCGCUGCUGCUCAAGGGCGCCAACGGCCAAGAGCUGAGGGCCCAGGGCAACCCCCGCCUCCGAUACUCGGUGUUAGAGGACGGCUGCGCGAACGCGAACGGAGCGUGGAGUAAGAGUGUUCUGGAAUACAGGACUCAGAAACCGGCCCGACUCCCCAUCGUGGACGUGGCCCCCCUGGACAUCGGUCAGGACCAGCAGGAGUUCGGUCUGGACCUGGGACCCGUCUGCUUCUCGUAG